UCCCUCUCGCCCUUUUGAUCUCUUGUUUCUUCUCAGUUGCCCUUCUUCUUUGCUUUUCAUUCUUUUUUCGUCUUCUCUGCUGAAAAUUUUCGAGUAUAUGUGUGUUUUUAUCGUUUAUACUGCGGCCUGUAGACUGUUCAUGAAAGCCACUCAGAGGUUUAAGUAAUGCUAAGGUUCCUGCGUUGCUCUCCAUUGUGAGUUGGUUUCUUGGAAUUGGAGUAUUUCUGUAAUAUUUUCCGCUGGGGUUUAAGGCUUAGAGAAACUAUGCACAAGGAUACUGGUUCAAGCGGCCCAUCAACACCUAGUGGGUCUUCUGCACGGUUACGUCGCCGCAGAGGUUCCAAUGAGGUCCCUCCAGAAGCUGAUAAAGCUAAUGGCAGCCAUUUGCUCGUUAAUGAUCAUAACAAGUACAAGUCAAUGUUAGUUCGUGCACAUUCAUCUUUUUGGAUGAUUGGAGGAUUUGCCUUCAUAAUAUACAUGGGUCACCUUUAUAUCUGGGCCAUGGUGGUUGUUAUCCAAAUAUUUAUGGCAAAGGAGUUAUUCAGUUUACUUAGGAGAGCACAUGAAGACAGGCGCCUCCCUGGUUUCAGACUGUUAAAUUGGCACUUUUUCUUCACAGCAAUGCUAUUUGUGUAUGGUCGCAUUCUCAGUCAGAGGCUUGUGAACACUGUCACUACGGACAAAGUUUUGUACAAGAUCGUGAGCAGAGUUAUCAAGUAUCAUAUGGUUACUUGUUAUUUCUUGUAUAUCGCCGGCUUCAUGUGGUUCAUUCUUACACUGAAGAAGAAGAUGUACAAGUAUCAAUUUGGCCAAUAUGCGUGGACACACAUGAUUCUUAUAGUGGUGUUUACGCAAUCGUCAUUUACUGUGGCAAAUAUUUUUGAAGGAAUUUUCUGGUUCCUUCUUCCGGCAUCACUUAUUGUCAUCAAUGAUAUUGCUGCUUACAUUUUUGGGUUUUUCUUCGGGAAAACUCCUUUGAUCAAGCUAUCACCCAAGAAAACAUGGGAAGGCUUCAUUGGAGCUUCUGUUGCCACCAUGAUCUCAGCCUUUCUGCUUGCAAAUAUAUUAGGUCGGUUUCAGUGGUUGACAUGCCCAAGGAAGGAUUUAUCAACUGGCUGGCUUCAGUGCGAUCCGGGUCCCCUGUUCAAACCAGAAACUUUUACUGUUCCAGAGUGGUUUCCUGAAUGGUUUCCGUGGCGAGAGAUUUCUGUUCUGCCUGUACAGUGGCAUGCAUUGUGCCUUGGUCUCUUUGCAUCAAUCAUAGCACCUUUUGGAGGCUUUUUUGCCAGUGGCUUUAAAAGAGCUUUCAAGAUCAAGGAUUUUGGUGAUAGCAUUCCAGGACAUGGUGGGAUGACUGACAGAAUGGAUUGCCAGAUGGUGAUGGCCGUUUUUGCAUACAUUUAUCACCAGUCGUUUGUUGUACCUCAGAGCUUAUCCAUUGAGAUGAUUAUGGACCAGAUACUGAUGAACCUUACAUUUGAGGAGCAACAAGCUCUGUACACAAAACUUGGGCAGAUCGUCGAAGAGAGGCAGUUUGGAGAAUCAUGAACUCGUCGUGUAACCUAUGUAGCCGUUUCUUGCGUAUUGCAUGUACAUGUCCCGUAUUUGCUUUGUUUCCACAAGCUUAGGAUAAUAUGUAGCUGUAGGCAUCCUACCCUUUUUUUGCAUUGUACAGUGCUUGAGCUAUUGCUAUGUGAUGAUGAUAUGAUCUUCACAGAAUGUAUUGCCAAAAUCUAUAUACUCACCCUCAUGAUUCUCACUUUUUCAUC